GGAGGCGCGGAAAAAGGUUCCGGGGAGUGUUUCCUUCCUCCUCCUUCCCUGCCAACCUGUGCAUGCCUCAAAGGAGACCGGCUUCCAACCGAGCAGCAAGGGAAGCAGGAAAGGGCUCUUGACCAUGGCUGCCGACUCGGACGUCCUCCACUUCCAGUUCGAGCAACAAGGCGACGCCAUCCUGCAGAAGAUGAACCUCCUGCGGCAGCAGAACCUCUUCUGCGACGUCUCCAUCUACAUCAACGACACGGAGUUCCCGGGGCACAAGGUGAUCUUUGCGGCCUGCUCCACCUUCAUGCGGGACCAGUUCCUCCUGACCCAGUCCCAGCAGGUGCGCAUCACCAUCCUGCAGAGCGCCGAGGUCGGCCGGAAGCUGCUCCUCUCCUGCUACACGGGGGCUCUGGAGGUGAAGCGGAAGGAGCUCCUCAAAUACCUGACGGCCGCCAGUUACCUGCAGAUGGUCCACAUCGUGGAGAAGUGCACGGAGGCGCUUUCCAAGUACCUGGAGAUGGAUGCCGCCCUGGAAGGUGAGGCAGGGCAGGCCGAGAAGUGUCACUCCUCUGACAUGGAGACGGGAGGCAAAGACGGAGGCGCGGACGGGGACUGCGAGAUUAUCGAGAUUUCCGAAGAUAGCCCCGUUCACCACGUCAAACGGGAAAAGGGGGAGAGACCGCGGCUGAUCCCGGAUCGCAAGGAGGCCAAAAGCCCGGAGAUAUCGGCCGUCGAGAUCGGCUACAAGGACGAGGAGAUCUGCAUCUUCCAAAUGGGUCCCGACGUGGACGACGACAACGAACGUUUUUCGCAGCCCUCCACCUCUUCGAAGCCCAACCUGUACUUCCCGGAGACUCAGCACUCGUUGAUCAACUCGACGGUGGAGAGCCGGAUGACAGAAGCCUCCGCGGCGCCGUUCCAGAGCUUUGGGGGUGAGAACCCGGAAGGCGCCGCAAUGCCGGGGUUGGGCAACCCGGAGGAUUCGGGCUACUCGUGGCGCCACCAGUGCCCCAAAUGCCCCCGCGGCUUCCUCCACCUGGAGAACUACCUCCGGCACCUCAAGAUGCACAAGCUCUUCCUGUGCCUGCAGUGCGGGAAGACCUUCACGCAGAAGAAGAACCUCAACCGGCACAUCCGGGGCCACAUGGGCAUCCGGCCUUUCCAGUGUAUGGUGUGCCUCAAGACCUUCACGGCCAAGAGCACCCUCCAGGACCAUCUCAACAUCCACAGCGGGGACCGGCCCUACAAGUGCCACUGCUGCGACAUGGACUUCAAGCACAAGUCCGCCCUCAAGAAGCACCUCACCUCCGUCCACGGGAGGAGCGGCGCGGACAAGGCCUCCUUCGACGCCAUUACCGAGGUCAGGAUAGACUACGACUAGGAAGACCUUUCGGGGGGGAUCCAUUGCAAGUCACAGCGCUAUCCUGCCCUUUAAGAUCCUCGUCCCGCUCGCUGAGGCACCCCAACAUUCCCACAAACAGCACCUCCAAAAGAUAGGUGGGAACUUUAUCCAGAGGUGUGUUCACACUGUAUAUUGAUACCCUUUCAAUCCCACUUUAACCAGCAUGACUCCCUCCGAUAGGAAUUAUCGUUCGAUGGAAUAUUUGGGAUUCUCUGCUUUAAUGAACCAACAUUUUCUGACAAAGGAGGACCUUACUUUAGUAACACCAAGCCAGAGGGUGCUGUGUUUUGUUUGCUAGAUUUGGUUACACAAACACGUAUACAUACACAUAUACAUACACAGAUAUACAUACUCAACAUACACAAAUAUGCAUACACACAUAUACACAAAUAUAUAUCUGUGGGUGUAUACACAUAUACAUACACAAAUAUACAUACACUUAGAUAUACAUACCCAUAUACACAAAUAUACACAUACACAGAUAUACAUACUCACAUACACAAAUAUACAUACACAGAGAUAUACAUACACAUAUAUACAAAUAUACAUAUUCACAUGCACAAAUAUACACAUACACAGAUAUACAUACAAUUAUACACAAAUAUAUACAUACACACAGAUAUACAUACUCACAUACACAAAUAUGCACACACAGAGAUAUACAUACACAUAUAUACACAUAGACAGAUAUACAUACUCACAUACACAAAUAUGCAUACACACAGAUAUACAUACACAUAUACACAAAUAUAUAUCUGUGGACGUAAACACAUAUACACACACAGAUAUACAUACACAUAUACGCAAAUAUACACAUACACACAUAUACAUACUCACAUACACAAAUAUUCAUACACACACAUAUACAUAAACAUAUACACAAAUAUACACAGAUAUACAUACUCAUAUUCCCAAAUAUGCAUACACACAGAUAUACAUACACAUAUACACAAAUAUAUAUCUGUGGGUGUACCCACAUAUAUACAUACACAUAUACACACUGAGAUAUACAUAUAAUACAUAUAUACAAAUAUACAUGCACAUAAACACACACAGAUAUACAUGCACACAUACACAAAUAUACAUACACAUAUACACAAAUAUACAUACACAUAUCCACACACACAGGUGUACUUACACAUAUACAUACACUCUACAUUUACUAUUAUAUUUAUAUACCACUUUCUUCUCUUAAAGAGAGAAGAAAUUUUAUCCUAGGGUUUGCUGAGUGGGAUUAUUAUUAUUAUUAUUAUUAUUAUUAUUAUUAUUAUUUAUAUACCGCAUUUCCUUCUCUUAAAGUGGUGUAUUGAUAAAUGUAAUAAUAAUCAUGAUAAACCUUAAAAGUGGGAUCAAACUGCGGCAACUGUACAGUGUGGAUGCACCUCAGAAACAACAGAAGGAGAUCUCCCCUACGCACUUUGGGACAAUGUAUUAUCGUCAGGUUUCACUCCUUAAGCAGUAUUUAUGUUCGUAUUUAUGACAAAGUCUGUUGGUGAUUGUGACUUUAAAGUGUCCAGUGGCACGGAAGUGGGCUCUGCCUCGAAUGGCACCUUUUUGGGGUAUUUGGCAGGAAAGAGCAGCCUCGCGUUUGCCUUCGAAGCCUCCUAUUCGUCUGCCAUGGAAUACAAGGGAUGGAUCUGAGACGGAGACUGGGUCCGGAUAUAAGAUUAUCCACCAUUUUUGUCUUGGGAGAGAACAAACUCCAUUCCUUCCAACCAAACCAUCUGGAACCUUUGCUAAUACGGGUGCGACUGACUUGUGUUUGGUAAACAGACUGGGCCUUUGGGCUGCUGAGAGUUUUUCAGGCUGUCUGGCCGUGUUCCAGUAGCAUUCUGUUCUGAUGUUUCGCCAAGGCACCAGACCUCUUGCUGAACCUUGAGAAACUACAGCUCUCAUGAUCCCACAGCACUUCAAGGAGUGCCAUUUGUCAACAGUGUACGUGGAUCCCAAAUCAUGCCCUCCAUUCUCCUGGUGCUUGACGUUUCGCCUCCAUCUUUGUUUCAAAAUACUCUUGUGUCUCCCCUGGAAAUAUGUAUAUAUAUAUAAGUGAUAUAAACACCUGUGCUUUCUAUAUAAGGAUCCUAGAGUGGGAAGAGACCUCAAAAGCCUAAGCAGAGGCUGGAUGGCCAUCUGUUGGGAGGGCUUGGAUUGUGCCUUCCUUCAUGGAACAAGGGGGUUGGAUUGGAUGGCCUCUUGGGACCCCUUUGAACUCUCGGAUUUUAUGGUUCUUUAUUAUUAUUAUUAUUAUUAUUAUUAUUAUUAUUACUAUUAGAGUCUGGAUGUCCAUCUAUUGGGAGGGCUUGGAUUGUGUCUUCCUUCCAGGAAAAAGUGGGUUGGACUGGAUGGCCCCUUGAGGUCUCUUCUAACUCUAGGACUCUAUGGUUCUGUAUUUUUAUUAUUAUUUUAAGCAGAGGCUGAAUGACCAUCUGUCGGGAGGGCUUGGAUUGUGCCUUCCUUCUUGGAAGAAGGGGGUUGGACUGGAUGGCCUCUUGAGGUCCUUUCCGACUCUAGGAUUCUCCUUUUUUGUAAGCGUUGUGCUGGCUGUGUUUACGUUUUGUUCAGUUGUUUUGUUUUUGGUGCUUGUGUUGCCCGAGUGCUGAUGAUGUCCGGUUUUGGGGAAGGUUGGGUUCAUUGUUCGGUGUGCGCUUUUUCCUUCGUGGGCUUGCACGUGACAAUAAAGUUCUCCCACUUUUGAUGGCAGCCUUUGACACAGCUCAUCAAUGUCAUUCCCUAAUUGGUUCCAUCAUCAAAACAUGGGGAAAGUGUUUGCAAGAGGGACACCAUCCUGCCGCAGCACAUUUUCGUUCAUCUGGAGAGGCCCUGCUCACGAUCCCACCGGCAUCGCAAGCGCGAUUGGUGGGGACGAGGGACAGGGCCUUCUCGGGGGUGGCCCCACGACUCUGGAACUUCCUUCCCAAGAACAUCAGGCACUCCCCAACACUGGCAGUCUUCAGAAGGAGCUUGAAAACAUAGAUGUUCCAAUGUGCCUUCCCAGAUUAAGGCAUCCCAAGCAAUUGUCCCUAAUGCACUUUAUGAGAGAAUUGCCUGCACACCCUUCUAUUCCCAAAAUAUCCAUUCCACCUCACCUGGGCAUGCCCAGCAUUUUUAGAAUUUUAACCAUUACAUUUGGCCCUGCCACAGGUUUUUUAACAGUGUUGUGUUUCUGUUAUUGUUCUAUUGCUUUGUUAUGAGUUUAUUUAUUGUUGCAUUGUAUUGUUGCCUGUUGUGUUUUUGUUAACGAUGUACUUUGGGCUCGGCCUCUUGUAAGCCGCACCGAGUCCUGCGGGAGAUGGUAGCGGGGUACAAAUAAAGGUUUAUUAUUAUUA